AUGUUGAGAAGCACUGCGUCCUGGGCGUUCUUAGCAGCGGCCGUACGCCCAGCUGUCUCUCAGUUUCAUAAUUGGCAAGAUGGCCAAAUUAGCUCUGGAAUAUGUACAUGGGAGCAACCAAGAGCCAUCAUGCUCCGCGAUAUGGUUUACCUUGAUGGCGGCGAUAUUUCAUGGUGGGCUAAAAUGAAUGAUGAAAAAAUAUCAACUGCCCCUGGCUUAGGCAACAAUGCGGGAAUUAUCCUCAAUUUCAACAUGAGCACGCCUUUUAACGCAACUACCAAUUUGACCGCCGUCCUUCUUCACGAUCCAGCCAUGUCUAAGGCUCGCGGGGGCUCGGGAAACAGUAAUAGCGCUGCUCCUAACUUUAUUGACGGUGCCCUUCUUGGUAACGACGAUGAAUUCUUCCUUUAUGGAGGCGAUCUCUUCCAGACCAUUGAGAAGGACGAUUCUCCUGCGAAGGACGAAAUCCUGGGAUAUGAGGCCUAUCAGUAUGGACCAGAUAAGCCGACAUGGAAUCCAGGAUUUGUUGACCCCAAGCUGGACGAGAACGUUACUCGAUAUGUCGCCUAUGGAGGAGCCGUGAACGUGCCAUCCGAAGACCUCGCGUUUUAUUUCUCCGGCUUGCGAUCCCCGACGAAAGGAGAGUUCUUCACAAACAACCCAGACAAGAAAGCAACCAAUAUCUCUGAUACGCUUAUCACGUUGAAUCUGGAAGAGCAAAAGUAUGAGACCUGGACCAAUAAGACACUGAAGGGUGUCAAGGGACGUGCCAAUGCGGAAGUCGUCUGGGUUCCUGUUGGCAAGAAAGGUAUUCUUGUUGUCCUCGGGGGUGUUAUUUAUCCUCAGUGGGCGGGACGAAGUCAAAAAUCGGCGAACGAGGAAGAAAGCAAGAAGCAGAGCCCCAAGUUCAUGCAGACCAUUGAUGUUUACGAUAUUGACAAGGACAAGUGGUAUCAGCAAGAAACUAAGGACGGCCCUGGGGCACGAACACGGGGAUGCGCUGUCGUGGCUACAGCUUCGGACCGUUCAAGCUUCAAUAUCUUCUACUACGGUGGAUUCGACGGAAUCAAUGUGAAAGACUCAUUCAGCGAUGAUGUCUGGGUACUCUCGCUACCGUCUUUCGCCUGGAUCAAGAUCAACGAGGGUAAACCGAUUCAUGCUCGCGCAGGACACAAAUGCUUUAUGCCAUAUCCUGACCAGAUGCUGGUCUUUGGUGGCUACACACCACUCGCAGGAACCCAAAUCACAUGUCUCGAUAAAGGUCCAGUGGUGAACUUCAAUGUUACUAGUGGCGAAUGGCUGGACAGUUACGACCCUGAUGAAUACGGCGACUAUGGCGUCCACAAAAAAAUUCAAUCAGAGGUUGGUGGCGAUGCUGCAGGCGGUGCGACAGUGACCGCUCCUGCGGGUGGUUGGACUACUUCUGCUCUCAAAGAUAUCUUUGACACAAAGUACGACACGAAGAAGAUCAAAGAAUACUGGCCAUACAACAAGGCAUCCUCCACAGGAAGACCUAGGCUUGACAACCCAAGCGAUGGUGACAAGGAUCAAGACGGCGGCGGCAGUUCCGGUCUUCCAAAGUGGGUUGCGCCAGUCCUGGGUGUUGUUCUUGGCCUUAUGCUUGUCACCGGUAUCUUGGUCGUUUUCUGUCUUUGGCGCCGUCGCAAGAUUUUCAAGAACAGCAACAGUGACUACGGGACUGAAGAUCCGGGAUCACGAAUCCGAUCAUGGAUCCGAGGCCAGCAUAACGAAAAGGCUCCCACGGUCACCACUGACGAAACCCCUGUGAGCCCAGGCACCGAGAUGGCCUCGACCACACAGGUCGUCGGGUUAUCACCCUCCCCUGUGGGCACUCCUGCCAAUAUUCCUUCACCUGCUGAGGUGGCUGACACUCAGAUUCAUGAAAUGGCUGAUACCUCACGACCAACUGAGCUCCAUGACACAGGACUCUCGCCGAUCGAUAUCAUACAGAAGUACUCUCAUUUCGCCUCUGACAACAAAACCAAUUCCAUGUCCAACCCCUCCAGCAACUCGUACUCUGUCGGAGAGCACGCAAGUACCGUUUCGAGGUCAACAGAGCCACAUAUGUCUCAGCCCGACUCUCCUACGGCCGGACAUGGUGGCCACACUCGCAUGACGUCUGAUGUAUCUGGUGUGACUGAAAACAGUGGUAGACCGCCUCGGAUAGCGUCUGAUGUGUCUGGUGUUUCAGAAGGCGAUGCAUCUGCUCUCCGACAUAUCACCAGCCCUAUAAGCCCUAGAACCGACGAUGGCAAUAUGCCUUCGCCGCCAUUCUCUAGUAUGACAGAGGAUAUCCUUCCUUCUCCCCCCGCAGACCUCACUCCCUCAUCACCUCAUCUCAAUACAGCAGUGUCUCCUGUUCCCGUGUCUCCUCCUAGUGCAAACGAGGCGCCUGGCCGGGACUAUCUUACGGCCAAGGCCUCAUCAAGCCCGAUCAGAAAGAGCAUGUUUAAGGAGAGUGAGGAAGACAUGGGACAAACGAAGUAG